GAAACCACAAUGGAGGCUAGACAUCAUCUGUAUUUAUUUGUUGUUGCAUUUGUUUUUUAUGGACAGUCAGGGUUAGCUGUAUCUGCUGAUCAGUCUUCGGUCGUUUACCCAUGGCCAAUGCCAACUUUUUAUUAUGCUAAAGAAUUUUUUUACAUCAUAGACACUGACCAUUUUGAUUUUCGAGCCACGAAUAACACUUGUAAUAUACUGAAGGAAGCUUUUCAUCGAUAUGCGGCCAUCAUAUUGGGAUCAGCAGCAAAGGAGCAACAAUCUGGUGCCACCAAUGGUUCUAAGAGUACUACUGUCGGUGAUUCAGUAACAGAAGUAAUGGUACAGGUUAAUACACCAUGUAAUGAUGGAGAUAGACCACGUGCUGAUUCAGAUGAAUCAUAUUAUAUAUCUGUCAAUGCCGCAGCUUUGGUGAUGGCUAAUGAAGUAUGGGGUGCAAUGAGAGGAUUGGAAACAUUCAGUCAGCUUAUUUAUCAGGAUGAUAUGGGAAGGUUAUUAGUGAAUGAAUCUGAGGUUACAGAUAAACCUAGGUUUGGUUAUAGAGGUAUUUUAAUAGAUACAUCAAACCAUUUUAUAUCAGUUCCUCUUCUUCUACAAAACUUGGAUGCAAUGGAGCUAAAUAAGUUCAAUGUUUUCCACUGGCAUAUUGUGGAUGAUAUUUCUUUUCCUUAUCAAAGUGAACAAUUCCCAAACUUAUCAGACAAGGGAGCCUAUAAUAAAUAUACCCAUGUUUAUUCUAAGACAGAUAUAAUACAAGUUAUAGAAUAUGGCAGAUUAAGAGGAAUUAGAGUUAUUGUUGAAUUUGACACACCAGGACAUACAUUAUCAUGGGGUAAAGGUCAACCAGAUUUAUUGACCAAAUGUUAUACAGGAGACAAACCAAAUGGUCAGUUUGGUCCAAUUAAUCCAAUUCGUCAAUCUACAUACAAAUUUCUAGAUUCAUUGUUCGCAGAAGUAGGCCGUUUAUUUCCUGAUGAUUAUAUUCAUAUAGGUGGAAAUGACGUUAAUUUUAGAUGUUGGGAGUCAAAUCCAGAAAUAAAAGAAUUCAUGAAACAGAUGAACUAUACUGCUGUUCAGUUGGAACAAUAUUAUUUUCAAAAAGUAUUAAAUAUUGUAAGAGAUCUGUACACGAAGAACAUAGUAUGGCAAGAUGCCUAUGAUAAUGGUGUCUUAUCAGCAGGUACUAUUUACCAAGUAUGGAAAAGUGAUUGGCAGUCGACAAUAGCCAGGUUAACCGCAGCAGCGUAUGAGACGAUAUUAUCAUCGUGUUGGUUUUUAGAUAAUAUAUCUAAGAGUAAUGACUGGAUAAAAUAUUAUCAAUGUGAUCCAUAUGAUUUUAAUGGAAGUAUGGAAAACAAGAAACAUGUGAAAGGAGGUGAAGCCAGCUUAUGGAGUACUUACAUUGAUGAUACAAAUCUUAUGACCACAAUAUGGCCUCGUGCAUCAGCAGUAGGAGAGAGAUUAUGGAGUGAUAUAUCAGUCAAUAAUGUAACAGCAGCUUUUCCAAGACUGAUAGAGAAUCACUGUAGAAUGGUCAGGCGUGGAAUACCAGCAGAACCAUUAGGACCUGGAUAUUGUAUAAAAGAAUACAAAGCCCCUGUAUCAAUGAAUUAAAAACUUUAUUGUUAAA